CAUUUUGUCUCUUUCUCUUUCAUUUUCAUACACACACUGGACAAUCAGACAAAUCCCUGUUAAUAAAAAGAGAGAAAACACUCUAAGUAACUUCUGCUCUAUAGUUUGCCAACUAAAUUUCCCCACUGGGCUAACUCUACCCACCAUGAAUUAGAACAAUUCUGGAGUGAAGAACAAGUUAAUUUAGAGGUAUGAUUAAUUCUCUUUGUGGAAGCAUGGGGUCAAUCAAAAGUGAGAGUUCAUGCAACAAGAUCAUGCAACCUACUUCUCCUAAUGGAUCAUCUGUUUCUGAGUUUAAGAAAACUCCAUUGUCGUCUGACUUGGAACUUUCUAGCUUAACCCCACCAAGCCUCAGCUUCCCUGCUGUGAAAUUUGAGUUGGAUGGAGACGUCGAAGUUCAGUCGCCGGAUAGUUCUAUAUGGGAGACCUUUUUCUCUGAUCAUUUGGAUUCUGACUUCAUGGUCUUGUCUCCUGUAAGGAACUUGCCAUCUCCACAAACCUCAAAUUGCAAUUACAACUACGUUAAUGCAAUGCAAGUGCAGAGUCUUUCUGGGUGUUCCCCGCCUCGCCAUUUAUCUCAACUUGGAUCUUUUAGUAGCAGUCAUAAAGGGAAGGGACAAAGCCCUCUCCAUAGGGUUUUUAAUUCUCCGAAUAAUCAAUAUAUGCAAAUUGAGACCCUUUCCUCUUUGCCUGCGUUUGAGGAUUUCUUGGAUGAUUAUCAAAGAGAUGGGCUUGGAGGAUGCCAACCGAGUAGGUUCUCCUCUGGAAGUUCAUCGCAGUUGUUUGAUAUGCCAAGCACAGUUCCUGCUGUGUUGGAUUGCUUAGCCGCGACAAAUCCUACGAGGUUUGGUGGAUCGGUGAGUGAAACAUCAUCAGCUGGCUCUCAGCUGACCCAGGAUAGAGAUGUUUACCAAAUGGGCUCCCUGAGAAAUGCACCACUGUCACAGCAACUACAACAAGAGCAAAAAGAGAAGCAACACGAACAACCACCACCUAGGUCAACAACACCACCGCCGCCAUCAACAACACCAUCCGCAGAGCAGCAGCAGCAGAAUCUUAACCACAGCUUGAUGGUGCCUCUCCCUAUUGGUUCUGAUGAGCAGGAGCAAGACAGUGGACUUCAACUGGUGCACCUCCUUCUUGUUUGUGCUGAAGCCGUGGCUAAGGAGGAUUACAUGUUAGCAAGAAAAUAUCUCCACCACCUUAAUCGGGUGGUCACACCCCUCGGUGACUCCAUGCAACGAGUGGCGUCCUGCUUCACUGAAGCACUAAGUGCUAGGCUCGCUGCAACACUUAGCACUAAACCUAGUACCUCAACUCCAAAACCCUUUUCUCCUUAUCCGCCAAAUUCUAUGGAAGUUCUCAAAAUUUAUCAAAUUCUUUACCAAGCUUGCCCAUACGUAAAAUUCGCUCAUUUCACUGCUAAUCAAGCCAUUUUUGAGGCCUUUGAAGUAGAGGAACGUGUUCACGUUAUUGACCUAGACAUUCUGCAAGGCUAUCAGUGGCCAGCUUUCAUGCAAGCCUUAGCAGCUAGACCAGGUGGUGCUCCGUUUCUCCGGAUAACUGGAGUCGGCUCCUCCAUCGAGGGUGUGAGAGAAACUGGCCGUUGCUUAACAGAACUAGCGCAUUCUCUCCAUGUUCCAUUCGAGUUCCAUCCAGUGGCUGAAGCACUGGAAGACCUGAAACCCCACAUGUUCAACCGAAGGGUUGGUGAGGCUCUAGCUGUUAACUCAGUUAACCGGCUCCACCUUGUCCCUGGAAACUGUCUAGGAAACCUUUUAACCAUGAUCCGUGAUCAAGCACCCAACAUAGUGACAAUAGUUGAACAAGAAGCGAGCCACAAUGGACCAUACUUCUUGGGUAGGUUCCUUGAAGCAUUGCACUAUUAUUCAGCACUUUUUGAUUCAUUAGAUGCAACUUUUCCACCAGAUUCUGCACAGAGGGCGAAAGUGGAGCAAUACAUAUUUGCUCCAGAGAUAAGGAACAUAGUGGCGUGUGAAGGAAUCGAGAGGACAGCGAGGCAUGAGAGGCUGGAGAAAUGGAGGAAGAUAAUGGAAGGGAAAGGGUUUAAAGGGGUGCCAUUGAGUGCAAAUGCAGUGACUCAAUCCAAGAUAUUGUUGGGCUUGUAUUCAUGUGAUGGGUAUAGAUUGACGGAGGAUAAAGGUUGUUUGCUCUUGGGGUGGCAAGAUAGGGCUAUACUUGCUGCUUCUGCAUGGCGUUGCUGAGCUGAUAAUCUAUAGCUUCUUUCCUCUUUUUCACGUGUAUGUCGUUCUUGUCUUGGGACUUCUUUUGUUUGUUAUUGAAGUUUUUAAUUCAUUGGGUACAAGUUUUUUUUUUUUUCCAAAAAAAAUACAUAAAAAACAGCACUAGUGCCGAGAAAGAUUAAAGGAAAACGAUGGGUCUGUUUGUUUGUUUUUGUAGAAAAGUAUCUUAAGCUUAGAUGGAGUUCAAUUAAUUUAUUUAUUCACAACCUUCCAAUUAAUUCUUUUAUUGCAUAUACAGGAUCAAUUCCAUCGUAACCAUUGGACUGUAGUCCGUAGGCAUCUUGUCGAAACGGUAAGAAACGAACUAAUUACUCUUACUCCCUUUUCGAAUCCCAUAU